AUGGCGGUGAUCAGACUGGCGGUGAUCAGACUGGCGUUGCUGCUGCAGGUGGGCUCCGUCCUGGGCUCUGCUCUGGCACCGAGGACACACGAGCAUCUUCAGCAUCAGCAGCAUCUUCAGCAUCUCCAGCAUCAUCAGCUGCCGAGGGUCGUGGCUGCGUUUCUGCACACGGGCGACCCCUCGGCGCUCGAGCGCGCCAACUGCACCGGGAGGUACGAGCUGAGCGCGCUGCGGAGCGCGCACCCGCAGCCGCACACGCGCUCGCACCCGCACACGCGCCCGCACCCCGCCGCCCGGCCCGCGCUGCGCGCUCUGACGCACGCCACCGGCUUCCUCCGCGCGCUGCUGCGGGAGCGCGAGCGCGAGCGCAGCCGCGUGCGCGACCUGGAGUGGUGCCGCGCGCUGGCGCGUAGCGUCGUGGACGGCGACGCCAGGAUCCACCGGGCCGCUGUGGUGCUCGACGCCGCGUCCUCCUCCUCCUCCUCCUCCUCCGUCUACAUCCAGGCCACGCGCCGCGGCGGCGACGUCGUGCUGCAGGACCUGUCCGCGUCGGCGCGCGACCUCCUCCGCAACGACACCGAGUGGUACCACGCGCACAGGCGCAGGGGGGAGGAUGAGUAUGAUGAUGAAGAUGACGAGGAGGAGGGUCACGUGGGUGCGGGUGAAGGCGUACACCCCGUAAAGUGGUCGGCUCCGUUCCUCGAGUGCGACGCCGGGAGUUUUGUCCCGCGCUGGCUCCUCAGCCUGUCCACCGGCUUUCACGCGCUGAAGCCGAACCUCACACCCGACUUCAGGGGAGUUGUUCGUUUGGAUAUCAGCCUGCAGGACGUGGAUAUCGAUCAGUGUUCCACUGAUGGCUGGUUCGCAGGAACUCACAGGUGCAACCUGACCAGCACAGAGUGCCUCCCUAUCCCGGGUCACGGCUUCGUCCUGGACAAAUACAAAUGCCAGUGCAAGAGCGGCUUCUACCACCCCAGCAGAGUAGCCAUUAACGGCGUCAAGAGGAAAGCACUGAGCACCCCGGACCCUGGGGGUUCCAGUUUGUGCCUGCCCUGUCAGGAGGGCUGUGUGCACUGUAAAGACGACACGCCCUGCAUGGCUCACGGUGAAGGGUAUCUACGUAUCGCCGUGCUGGCUUUCCAGGGCAUCUGCAUGCUGCUGGACUUCGUCAGCAUGGUGCUGCUUUACCACUUCCGCAGGAACAAGAGCAUCAGAGCGUCGGGUCUGGUUCUGCUGGAAGCCAUCUUGUUUGGAGCGCUCCUUCUCUACUUCCCUGGAGUGGUCCUGUACUUCCAGCCCAGUGUGUUUCGGUGCAUCCUCCUGAGAUGGGUGCGCAUGCUCGGCUUCGCCACCGUGUACGGAACCAUCACGCUCAAAUUAUACAGGGUUCUGAAGGUGUUCUUGUCUCGCACGGCUCAGCGGAUCCCGUACAUGACCAGCUGGAAGGUGCUGUGCCUGUUGUGCAUCAUUCUUCUGAUUGUGCUCUGGUUCCUGGUGGCGUGGACUUUAUCCGUGUGCCAGAACCCAGACUGGCACUUGGCACUGAUCACCAUGGGCUUCACCCCAGAGGGUUUAAAGUUCAGCAUGUGCCUGCUGGACCGCUGGGAUUACAUGAUGGCAGUGGCUGAGUUUCUUUUCCUCAUGUGGAGUGUGUACCUGUGUUAUGCCGUAAGGACGGUGCCUUCAGCCUUCCACGAGCCUCGCUACAUGACCAUCGCAGUGCACAACGAGCUCAUCAUCUCCGCUAUAUUCCAUGUGAUUAGAUUUACUUUUGCAUCUGAGCUCCACCCUGACUGGAUGCUUAUGCUGUUCUUUGCUCACACUCAUUUGACAGUGACAGUUACACUGGGCCUCUUACUCAUCCCAAAGUUUCUGUUUGCUGGAACACAUCUGAGGGAUGACAUAGCGACCGAGGCCUAUGAGGAUGAGUUGGACAUGGGACGGUCUGGGUCAUACCUGAACAGCAGCAUCACAUCUGCAUGGAGUGAACACAGUCUCGACCCUGAAGACAUUAGGACACCAGACGAAAUGGGCCAGCUCAGUUCUAUUAAUGGCUGUGGCGUAAGGUCUUGCGACAGUCUUUGGGAAAAAUAUACCAAUGAGGAGCUUAAAAAGCUAUAUUCCCAGUUGGAGAUCUACAAACGCAAGAAGAUGUUGGCAAACAACCCUCACUUGCAAAAGAAACGCAGCUCCAAAAAAGGCUUGGGACGCUCCCUCAUGAGACGCAUUACUGAGAUCCCGGAAACUAUGGGUCGCCAGCAUAGCCGUGACGACAAGGAGCUGGGCGAGCAUGGUAGUAACCGAAACAGCAUCUGCGUCCUAAGGAAGAAUCCUUUCGAGCCGUCUCAUUCAGCAAAACCUGCCAAGGAGGAGUCCCUGAAGAACAAGGUCUUCUCCUUGAAGAAGUCACACAGCAGUUACGAUCACGUGCGAGACCAGAGCGAAGACUCAAGCAGUUCAGCAACUGAUAAAAUGGAAGUAUCCACCACAGAGGGAUCUCUUCUUGAAACCUUAAUGGGUAAGAAGCUGGUGAAGAAAAAGUCAUCUGAGAAGAUUGACGUGGCCAGCGAGUCAACUGAGUCGGUUCCUCUAGUGUGUAAAUCAGCCAGUGCUCACAAUCUGACCGCUGACAAGAAACCUCUUCACCCGAGAACAUCCAUGUUGCAGAAGUCGCUUAGCGUCAUUGCCAGCGCCAAAGAGAGGACCCUGGGUCUAACUGGAAAAACCCAGUCCAUAGACGACCCCAACAAAAAUUUUCAACAAAAGAACAAAGAAGCUAAAAGCCCUGUUGAUAAUGAAGAGAGCUAUACGAAGAUGAUCAUCAGCCAGUCAGUAGAAUACAAGCAGACAGCUGGCAAAGCUGGAAUAAUGAAACAGCAGGUUAGUGAAAGCCAACCGUCCAUCUGCUCUGAGUCAGUAAAAGGCAGAGACGUUUACAAUAUUUCUGAGGUGUGUCCUUGGGAGUUAGAGGAUUUGCCCACUCCCUCAGAAAAUAGGGUACAAAAGCAUGUGUCUAUCGCUCCUGAAGAGUCUACCACAAUCCACUCCAACAGCACCAAACCCACCAAGCAGCAGAAACAAAAAGGCACAGAUCAGUCACCCUCACUGACCCGACGACCCAAUCAGAAGCCCAUUGACAGAGCAGAUAUCUGUCCUUGGGAGGACGGUAGUAAAGAAAGCCCAGGUCAAAAAGAAGGGCCAAGACAAAAUUUCUCCAAUCAACCUGUCUCGUCUCAAGUACAGACAUCUACAGACAGAACCAAAUCACAAAAAGCAGAUGUAUGUCCAUGGGAAUUUGAUGAGUUGCCAAAAAAACCUAUAGACUCAACCUGCUCUGUUGUUCAGGGCAGAACUAAAACUACAUCUGCAGAGGGGAAAACCAAAUCAAGCACAGAUGUGAUGGAUAUCAAAGGCAAGGGCGCUAUCCUGACUGAAGGAAAAGUAAAAGAUGUUCAUCCUGAUGCCUCUAAAUCUUCAAGAAGCUCUCUGCAGACAUCUUCAAAGACAGACAUCUGUCCAUGGGACUACGAAUCGACAAGUCCAACUUUUGAAAAGAUUCCCAGUCCCUCUCAGGUUUCUAAAACGAAAGAGACCACUGCAACAAAUAAGGGCUCGACCUCUAUAAGAACAUUCCCGAAAGAAAAAGAGAAGAUAAUGGGUACAGAAGAUGAGAAAGCCAAAACGAAGACAAAAGACAAGCCUCCUUCAGGUAAACCAACAGAGAGACCUCUCAGCCAAGCCAAACUGGCCGAGAUUUGUCCUUGGGAUGUGGGCAGUAGUCAGGAAGCGGGUGCAACGGAAAAACAGAAAAGUCCAAGCACGGCAAUAGGGAAAACCAAGCAAGCUGCUAUAUGUCCAUGGGAUUUUGAAGAUCCAGCAACAACUAAAGAAGUGACCAGAAACACUGGUUCUUCUAUAGGGAAACAGAAAAGUCCAAAUUCAAAAGGAGGCGCUUGCAGUGGAAAAAAGGCAGAGGUAUGCCCAUGGGACUUUGAUGACCAAUCGUCGACAAAAAAAGCAUGACAUUCGAUCAGUACGGACGACUCAAAACGUAGUUCUCAUCGUACGUGCAUUGUGUCAUCUUAUAAAACCCUGAAAUAUGAACUCUAGAUAUAAUUUACGGUGACUUCUGGGA